AUGCUUAAUGGCAUGACGCUGCGAGACAUUUGCUCUCAUCGGACCGGCCUAUUUGGUCUUGACGAGAUCAUUCAAGGAAUGGACGGGCGUAUUCUCCUUCCAAAAAGCGAGGUUGUCAAUAUAGUCAACGCUCUACCAAAGAAGUUCGGAUUCCGAACAGACUUCCAUUACAACAACGCCCUAUUCGAAUUGGCCGGUGCAAUAAUCGAGCGGAUUUCUGGAUCCCAGACAUGGGGACACUUCCUCAAGGAACAGCUAUUCGACCCAUUGGAGAUGAAGCGGACAACGGCCUUCCGCAGCGUCCAUAAGACUGACGACAACAUUGCUACGCCAUACAUGUGUCUGACAGACGGCUCGCUGUGCAAGAUAGAACCCACCGAGCUAUCUGCGGAUUCUAUGAACGGCGGCUCUGGAGGACUGCGCAGCUCCGUGAAUGAUCUUCUCAAGUGGUGUUCCAGCCUGUUGGCAUCAUUUGAUGAGAAAAGCACCGCCAGUCCCAUUCGUUACAAAUUACCAAUCUUUGAUCGUGCCAAUAUGGCCAAUCCGAGCUCUGUUGAGGAUGGCGACUACUGCACCGGGUGGUGCUAUCAUCAAACCCCCUCGAAACUGGGAUUAAUCUCCCCGAAUCGAAGCCUGCUUUCACCAGUUCUCGGGACCAACUCUGAAUCCCUACUCAUCUACGGCCACCAAGGCGACGUUCCCGGGUAUACGUGUUCCUUGUAUCUUAUCCCAAAGACACAGUCUGCUAUUGUCGUCCUGUCCAACGGUACUGGCCUCUCUGACGCUACCGACUGGAUUGCCCAGGACAUCAUCCAGGCGAUGUACAGCCUGAAGCCAACCGUUGAUUUUGUCUUCACUGCGCAACAGGCAUCAAUUCUCUACAAGACCAGGUUCAAGAGGCUGUUUCAAUUGCCGCUCGAGGAACAUAGAAAGAUGGGGACGCCUACUCCGCCCUUGGACGACUUCACUGGGGAGUAUGUAAUGGAGAACCUGGACAUCGCCACUCUCAACAUCGAAGCUGGGCCCGAAGACUCAUCAACUGGUCUUCGCAUGAGUGUCAAUGGUCUCGCGGAUCAGGAAUACCACUUGUGGCAUUAUCAUGCGGACAAGUGA